ACGCUGACUGGAAAGGAGAUUGAGAUCGACAUUGAACCCACAGACAAGGUGGAGCGAAUCAAGGAACGUGUGGAAGAGAAAGAGGGCAUCCCCCCACAACAGCAGAGGCUCAUCUACAGUGGCAAACAAAUGUAAGUCUGGGUGCAGUGGGGUGUAGCAGCCCUGUGUGAAGACAGGUGGCAAGGCUAGAGGUGCAGAGGCCUGCCACUACUUCAGUGCGUCCCUGCUUUUAGCUCUUUGACAGUUUGGUGGAGCCUAUGGAAUCUUCCCAGAAUAAGAGAAGUCAUAGAAUAGCAUAUAUUGAAUUAUAAACUAAUGUUGAAACAGUUAUCAAACUACUAAAGCAAAUUUGUAGAGUAGUAAUA